AUGGGUCGUCAAAUCGUCUCCGGUAGCUGUCACCUAGUGGAGUGGAAAAAUGAUGACUCUGCGAAUCUCCGGCGGCUAUCACCCAAUAGAGAGGAGCUGAAUGUAGAUGAUACGCAUGUUAAGGAGCGUUAUCCUCAUGUCCGUGCAGUAAGAGAAGACUCUUCAUCGCAUCUGAUACGCUCUUAGGAGGUGGUGACUCAUCUCCCGGUGAAUCGUCCUCUUUCCAACGAUGGGUUAUUUAUCAAUCAAUCGGAUAUGAUUUACUUGAUGGAUUCGCGAUCCUUUUAUCGUGAAUCGUUCAAUAAUUUUAAUAACAAUACUCUACGAAUCGUGUUGACGAGAUUUUUGUCAAUGAUUUAACGAUUCUAGCAACUUAAUCCUUUAUCGAUGAUCUACAGGAAAGUCACAAUAAUCAGAUAAAAAUACGAGUUUUGAUUUUGGGAGGAUUCGAACCUGCAUCGGUUGUCUACUUGCAUGAGAGAUAUUGAAAUAAGUAUUUUAAUGUCCUUAUCAAGUGAAGUCAUCAUGGUAUAUCUUUGUUAUAACGAAGGAAUAGUUUAGAUAUUCAAAUCUUCAAAACCUUUUGGGAGAAGGUGUGAUGCGGGUUUAGUCACACAUCGCUUAUACGUCGAAGUUUUAGACGAAUAUAUAGUAAUAUCACAUCGCGUGUACGACCACUCCUUGCCUCACAACUAGCUGACCACCAAUGACGUGAAAGGGGAGUGGUGCACAUGUGCCCCCAUCAGUCCUUAGCCGCUUGAAUUGACUUCGACUCAGGCCUAGAUGGCUGGCGAGUCCCUCUAUUUUUCUUUUUAUUUCUUUUUCUUCAUUUAUCUCAAAAAUAAGACUAUAAAAAUCAUAUAAAUUCGUAGAAAAUCACAUAAUUAGUUAAAAAUUCACGUUAAUCAACUGAAAGCCACUUUUCAUAAUUUAACAUAAAUAUAAGUCUAUUUAUCAUAAAUUAAGGCUAAAAAUAUAUUAUUUACUAAUUAUUAACUCAUGAUAAUGAAGACUUAUUAGUACCUAUGAAUGGGCAGCAAUUGUAAGAGGCAUGCUGACUACAACGUCUUGUCUUAUUCAUUUGACAGGUCUUAUAGUUGGCGACGUAAUCAUAGAUUGCUUUCUUCAUCUCGACUCAAGCCAUGUUCUAACUCAUAUGCUUGUAUGUGUAUAGAAACCCCAAGUAUACUCCCAUUGUUGAGCCAUGAAAUUCAUAAAGUAGCUUAGGAAUGAAUUGAGAGUUCUAUGUAAUUAUCAACCAUUCAUAGUGAAAGAGAUAACCAUGUUUGUAUGGUGUAUUUAGGCCACUUCUCUAACUAGGUGACGAGUGAUGUGUCUAGCCACUUCAAUUAGUGCAAAUCCUAGUUGUUGUAUGUAAUGGCAUCGGGUCAUUUGAACAAGGUGUUUGCCACCUUAUUCUCGACAUUGACAUUGUAAUGAACUUAAAAUUGUAAGCUAAUGAUUUUGACGAUCCACUUCUAAUAAUUUGAAAGGAUCUAUCACUAAUCUAGAAUAGACUUAAGGCUCAUUUGGUAGUAGGUAAUGCUUCCAUUUGUAAGUAAGUAAGACAAUAGUUAUGAGUUCUCGCUCAUAAACCAUCUUCAAUUGGUGUGGAGGUGAGAGAGCUUGGGUCUCCGGUGUUGCAUGAGAACCGACAUGAUGCCGCAACUUGAAGCAUCUAGUGCAAAAGGAAUGAAGAAAUUGAGGAGAAUGAGUACCUAAGUGGUUGUGAGGGCCUCAUUGAGCUAUUAGAAUAUAGUGUCUACUAGAAUGUAGUACCUAAGCAUCUUUCUUCAAGUCUACUAAAAUGUAGGUGAAUGGCCAAGCUAUCAUGUCAUGAUGCGGAAUGAGUUGCCUAUAGUAGCUUGUUAGAUAGAAGAACCCCUAAAGCUGAUGGAUUAUUAUGAUUAGAGGCUGCUAGAUGAUUGUCUCGACUUUGUCAAGGUCAACAUGGACGCACUCGAAUGAAACCCAUGGCUCAUAUAUGUCAUAUGGGCUUUUUUGAAUCAACACUUCUUUUUGGAUUGAGGUGCAAGAUAUUGAUGUGGAGGAUGGCAAGUGACGUGACCUAAUUUUUGUAUAAUAAAUCAUACAAAUUUAAAAUUUAUAAAACUAGUAAUGACCCAUUUUUAGAUCUUUAGAAAUAUUUUACGACAAAUAAAUUAAUUAUAAUUUGAUAUAUUUUUUAAAAUAGUAAAAAAAUUGAGAUUAAUCUCAUGGAUGUUAGAUAAUAUUUGGUAAUAUUUCAGAUUUUUUCUCAAAGAAUAUGAGUUUUUAUGAUCUUUAGACUAAAUAAUGAAUAUAAAUUAUAUUUAAAAAUUCACAAAAUAAAAAAAAUCAACUACAGAUGUCAAGAUUAUGUUAGCCUGGUGAUUCUUCUGUAAAUGAUUAAUAUAAUUUAAUUGACUAAAUUAAAAUAUGUAAAAGUCAAAAGACGUCAUUGAAUGAAUAAAGUUUUUAAAAUUUAAAAUUAUAUAAAGUUUCACUAAAUUAAGUAAGAAAUAAGUUUAAAGUUGGAAAAAUAGAGUUUGGUUUUGUGACAGCUAUCGUCAUAAUUUUUAUGUGUUUGAGAGGAUUGUCAUGUGAUAUUUAUGACUUCAAAAGCUCUCCUUGGACAUAAAUAAUGUGGACAAUCUCUAUAUCUUAUUGGGAAGUCUAGAAAUUAAUGAAAUGAGUCGACAAAUCAUCUUCGAUAGCUAUCACCUUGACGUAGUAGAAAAAUAAUAACUUUUGGAUCUCUAGUGGUGAUAACAUGUUGUUUAUCAUGUGAAAAGUGUAAUAAUUAUUAUAUUCAAGAGCUUAAAUUUUAUGAUCUAGUAUGUUACAUAUUAAAAAAUAAACAUUUAUUAUUCAUUAAUUUGUUUCAUGAAUUUUAAUAUUUUAGAGUUUUUUUUGGAAUUUUCUACUUCUUUUUACUAUCAUAAUUGAAUUUUUUUUAGUAAUAUGAGAGAAUUUUAGUAAUUUUAAAUAUCUUUUUAUAAUUUUUAGGAAGUCGAUAUAUGCUUAUAUAGACAAGAUUUGAUCUGAAGAUGAUGCGACAGAAUUAAGGGCUGAGGCACUGACAUGCGUCAUCACCAAAUGAGGAGAUCAUAGGCCAUUGAGAGUGUCUACAUGAUUGAUAGUAAAUGGAGCAUACUUACUAAGGGUGCAUCGGAUCUCAACAUUAAGGAAAAUGUUACGGCUAUGACAAGACUUCAAAAUCCAAUGCUUAAGAUCAGCCUAAGAGGAAACCGACACUCACCCCAUCUUAUUGUGGCCAAAAAGAUGAAAAGACCCUCACUCACUCAUAACCCUAGAUUAGAUGAUCUUAGAUGAACCAACUCACAAGAAGGCAUAUAUCAGCCUUAUACGUGUAAUCUCGUACCUUCGUAUAACCCUUACACAUUUAAGCCACCAUUUAGAGGUGAAAACCUAACUUUGAAUGCCCCAACAUUUAGUUGGCUUGAAUGAAACAUCAUUAAGGUUCUACAUCAAUUUGGAUGUGUUUUAGGUUGAUUUAAGUGUUGGUUCACAACUUACAUUGUCAGAGAAGCAUACUCAAAGAAGAAACUACUUGACCUUGGCAAAAUAUAGAGGCCCAAGGUAAGUUUCUCCAAGUGUGAUGUGUUUUGCGUGUGAACAACCAUCUAGGUAUUCGUAGCUUUGAAAUAAAUAGAGUUACACUUUUGAUUUCAUAUUAUGAUUCUUUCAUGAGUAUUUCUCUUCUCAAUCUUUACCCGCAUAGUCAAAUUUCUAUUUCCCUCUUUUUUUUAUGGUAAAUAUUCUUCUUAUUUACCGUUGCCUCUUCUUCUUAGCCUUCAUCUCAUUUUAAUAGAUUAAUUAAAUAGAAUACUAGUUAACUAUUGCUCAAUUCUCAUUCCAUAUGGAUUGACCUCAAACUUACCACAAUACUCACUUGUUUUAGUAUUUUAAUUACGUAAAUUCAGGAUUCUAAAUAUUUCUGGUCAACUCAUUUCAAAGCAUUUCAACGACCUUUGAUUUUGUUUUAUCAAACAAUUGUCACUCGACAGAGAUAAGUUAGAUGGAGGUGAGGUACGUCUUAAGGAGCUUCAUCGUUAAGUUUGCACAAUAAGAUAAUGUCUUCAUCGCAUCUAGUAUGCUCUUAGGAGGUGAUGAGUCAUUUUUUGACAUAUCAUUCUCUUUUUGACAAUGACUCAUUCAUCGAUCAAUAAGAGAUUAUUACUUCAAUUGAUUCAUGAUCUUUUUAUCUAUAAUUAUUUGACAAUUAGAUACUCUGCAAAUCACAUUGACAAUAUUUUCGUUGAUGAUUGAGCAAUUUUGACAACUUAAUAUUGAAUAAUGCUCUAUGGAAAAAUUAUGAUUUAAUAAAAUAAAAAUAAAAAUUUCAGCUAUAUUAGGAUUUGAACCCUCACGGGUCAUUUAUUUGUAUGAGAGAGAGUUAAAUAAGUACACAAAUACCAUUGUCAUAUGAGGUCAUAAAAGUAUCUCCAUCUUAUAUGAUAAGGGUAAUUUAGAUAUUAAAAUUAUCGAAAACCUAUUAGUGAGUAAUAACACGAGUUUAGUCCCACAUCAAUUAUUUUUCAAGUUUUGAGAUGAAUAUAUCUAUGGUUAAUAUAGUCCUUUCACAUGUGUACGACCACUCUUUGCCCUAUGUACGAUUGAUCAUCGAUGAUGUGGAAUAAGAUUGACGCACACAUGUUCCAUCUACUAUUUCUUAGCCACUUGAGCCCCCUACUCGUGGCUUUGUCCUACAAUGCUUCUGACCUAGUUGCACGUCUAGUUAGCCAAUGGGUUCCUCCUUUUUUAAUAUGUAUUUAUUCUAUUUUAUUUCUCUUUACUUUAUUUUAAAACAUGAGUGUAAAAAUUAUAUAAAAUGAAAUAAAAUCACACAAUCAAUCAAAAAUUCAUAUUAACUAACUAAAAAUCAUUCUUCUCAAUCUAACAUAAAUAUAAGUAUAUUUAUCAUGAAUUAAGUCUUAAAAUAUAUUAUUAAUAAAUUAUUAACUCAUGAUAAGGAAGAAUUAUUUACAAGCAUAUGCCUCAUGUGCUCUUUGUAUUCCUCUAGACUUGAGUGGUAGAUCAAGAUAUCAUUGAAUAGAAUGAGAACAAAACUACAAAGGUAACUGGUGAAGGUCUAGUUAAUUAAAGUUUGAAAGGUGGGUGGUGCAUUAGAGAACUCAAACGACAUGACCAACAACUCAAUGACCAUUAUAUAUGCAAAAUGUCAUCUUGGGGAUGUCUUCACUCUUAAUAUUUAUAUGGUGGCAGCCCGAGCAUAAGUUCUACUUGAGAAAGUCAUAGUACUAUGAAGUUUGUCUAGAACCUUUUUCAAUAAGGAUAUAGAAAACUUAUAAGACAUGCUACUCUAUUGAGGGUGUGGUAGUUGAUAAGUCUUCAUUAUCAUGAGUUAAUAAUUAGUAAAUAAUAUAGUUUUAGCCUUAACUCGUGAUAAAUAGACUUAUAUUUGUGUUAAAGUGUGAAAAGUGGUUUCCAGUUGAUUAAUGUGAUUUUUUUGGGUAAUUAUGUGAUUUUAUAUGAAUUUAUAUGAUUUUUACAGUCUUACUUUUGAGAUAAAUGAAGAAAAAGAAAUAAAAUAUUGCAAAAUGAGGUGACCCGCCGGCCAACCGGGCCCGCAAGCGGGUCGGAAGCGCAAUCGGGGAGUAGCCGCGAGCAAGGGCUUGAGCGGCUUGAACCGAUGAUGUGAGCACGUGUGCGCCACUCCCCUUCCACGUCACCGAUGGCCAGCCGGCUGUGGGGCAAGGAGUGGUCGUACACGUGCGCUUGAUCAGGAAUGUAACAUUACUAUAUAUUUGCCCAAAAAAUCGACGCACAAUCGAUGUGGGACUAAACUCGCGUCACACCUUCCUCAGAAGGGGCGGACAACUGGUGCGGGUUCGAGUCCUUCUAGAGUCAAAAGUCAUAUAUUUUUAUCUGAUUAUCACGACUUUCCUACAAAUCGCCGGUGAAGGAUUAAGCAACGAGAAUCACUGGAUCAUUGGCGAAAAUCUCAUCAACGCGAUUUGCAGAGCAUUGCUACUAAAAUUGUUGAAUGAUUCGCGAUAAAAAGAUCGCGAAUCUAUCGAGUAAAUCAUCUCCGAUUGAUCGACGAACAAGCCGUCGUCAGGAAGAGGACGAUCCGCCGGGAGACGAGUCGCCACCUCUUGAGAGCGUACCAAAUGCGAUGAAGAGCCUCAUCUUGCUGCGCGGACAUGAGGAUGAAGCUCCUUGACACGCGCCCCACCUCCAUCCAGCUCCUCUCCAUCGGGUGACAGCCACCAGAGAGCCGUAAAGUCACCAUUUUUUCGCUCCGCCGGGUGACAACCGCCGGAGACGAUUUGACGACCCAUUUCAUUAAUCUCUAGACUUCGCAAGAAGAUCUAGAGAUUGCCCACAUCGUCCUUGUCCAAGGAGAGCCUUCGAGGCCGUGGACACUGCACGAUGAUCCUCCCGAACACUCAGAAUUCCGGUGCAUCACCGACGCAUCGUCGCCGCGAUGCCGGAACUCUGUUUUCCUGCUUUCAACUUAAUUUAUGCUUCAUUUAGUGAUACUUUGUGUGAUUUUAAUUUACCAAAAUAUACUUUGUUCAAUUACGAUUCUUCCGGCUUUUACAGAUCUUAAUUUGAUUAAUUAAAUCAUCUAUAAUCGUUUACGUAAAAAUCGUCGGGUGGAACAGAUUCGCGUUCGCCAGGCGCUGACGUCAUCCUGACGUCUGCACCCUUAUUUUCUUUUUUCACAAAUUUUAAAUAUAUUUCCUUUUCAUUUCCUUUUCAUAUAAAAUAGUAUUCUCAGAAGAAAAUUCUGAAUAAUUACCAGAUAUUAUAUUACAUCCCUGUGAUUGACUUGGAAAAUUAUCGCUAUUUUUGGAAGUUUUAUUGAAUUAUAAUUGAUAUAUUUGUUCAUAAAUACUUCUAAAUAUCUGAAAAAUCAUAUUUUUUAGUUUUAUAAAUUUUAUAUUUGCAUGAUUUAAUAUACAACGACUGAGUCACGUCAGUAGUCUACGUAAAAAUGUCAUAAUUUAUUCUUCUUAUUCAUCAAUAGAGUUAGAAUGGGUUUGUGCUAGUCAAGUGUAGGAUGAUUUAGAUGGUGAGUAUUUUAUGAUUUAGUUUCUUCAAUUCUAUUUUCUAAAAAUGAGAGUAUUUGAAGGGUCUACUAUUGACGGAUUCCACAUCGAGCUCUCUAGUGAGAUCACAUGAUCAACUUCAUAGACUAGAGGCAAUUCAUUUUCUAGGUCAAAGAUAGUCGGAGACUUUUGUCAAAUGUAGUUUUUGAAACCUACAUCGGUGGCUGCCUCUAGUUGAUGAUCCAUUUGAAAGAGUUUAAUGACUAAAUUAUUGGUUAUAAAGAUCUUGGACAGCUCUUUGGAGGAAUUGUUACUCUUGAUUUAACUAUGAAUAAAAUUGUGUAUUAGUUGAAGUCCACCACUUUUUCUCUUAGCAUCUACAUCAACAUUGGCUAGUGGAAGAAAGAAUCAAGAGGUCAUCCUAUAUCGUCAAUAUCUAUAACUCAAUUGUUGUGGCUUGAUAGGGGGUGGUGUUGGAAAUCACCUUAAACUAACAUGUUUGUGUCACUUGAAGGUUUAGUUCGAGUGCCUUCUUGGAAACAAAGUUGUGGAUGGUGUUGAUGUUGAUUAGGAUGAAGAUUUAUUGAUUCUAAAUAAUUAUUUUGAACUUUAGAGCUUUGGCUGACCCAUUGUCAUCAAGAGACUAGAGAGAGACAUCCAAGUUGGUCAAUGCUUUUGUUUGGUAACUAUGUCAACCAACAAAGUCACUUCAUUGUUGGAUGGUUAUUCUUCUUCUUCUAUGAUCAUGAUUUGGAGCUCUCAACUACAAUAGGGUAUCGAGAUGUACAUCUUAUUACAUGAGAAACAUAAACUCUAAACAUAUUUGCAUUGUAUCUCCAAGAUAGUCAACUACAUGCAUUAGUAUUGAGGCAAUGGUGGUGCAUCGAAUAAAUCUUGAACGGAGGCCUCUUUCUCCAUCUUACAAUGUGAUCAAACUCUACAAUUGUUAGUAGAUCAGCCUCAAAAACUUUCAUAGAGUUUUUGAAGUCACUCAUGAUCAAUAGCUUCAUUUCGACCUUUUAGGUAGUGCACAUGAUGUUGAUGCGCCCAGAGUUGUCGUUAAUUUAAGUACUUAAACUUAAUAUUUAUAACUAAAAACUCAAAUAAGCUCUCUAUAACUAUAGGGAUUUUAGGUCAAUUCUUAGGAAAAUUAGAAAGUUGAAAAUAGCAUUAUUUAACUCUAAAUGUUAAGAAAAUCUUAGAAUAUAUAGAUGACUAACUCUAAUUUAAUAUGUUUAAAAAUUAUCUCAUAAUAAUAUGUCAUUCUCUGAGCAACAAUAUUAUUAGAGGUCAAAAUUAGAAAUCAAGUAAGAAAAUUAGAGAAAUCAAUAAUGGUAAAAUCUGGAAACCUAACCUAAACUUAUUCUAAAAUCACAAAAAAAUUACAGAAGAUAAAAAAAUUAACUUUGCUAUGUUUUCUCAAAUACAUUAACCUAAUUCCAUGUGGCGCUUGUGAAAUCGAAUUCGUUUCAAAGAAUGGUGGAAAAUAUAGAAAUUUUAGGAAAUGAUAUUUGUAAAAUCUAAAAACUUAUAUUAUACAUUUGAUAAAAUUUUGAAACAAUUACAUAAGAUAAUAAACUAAUUAUGCUAAGUUUUUCCAAAAUAUCUUGACUUAAUUCUAUGUGAAACUUGUGAAAUCAGAUUCGAUCCAAGGAAAGGUCAAAAUACAAAACCCAAAAAAUAAUUUUUGAUAAUUUAUUGAUGAUUUUGUCACCAAAUCACCAAAACAUGAUCGUUCAAGGAGAUAAAAUAUUUAUUAGAUUGAUAAAGAAGUAAGGUAUUCAAGAAAAAUCAUAAAUCUAAGAGAAACUACACGUUUGAAUAUAAAUAUCAUUUUCUACCUAGAAAAUGAUUUUCGACUAUAUGCUUGAUAAUUGUGUCACCAAAUCAUCAAAAUAUGAUUGUUUGAAGAGAUAAAAUAUUCAUUGGAUUCGUAAGAAAGUAAGAUAUUUGAGAAAAGUUAUAAACCUAAAAGAAAUUGCACAAGUCAAUACAGAUUUCCCUUCUCUUGCCUUGGUGUCACCAUCAAGACGUGAGAAGGGAUAGAAAAGAAUAACUCGUUAGAAGUUCAAUAAAUGUCAUCUAUUAAAUGAUAUUCGUCAUCUAUAAAAUAGAAGGGGGUUUAAAGAGUUAAGUAAAGAGAGAAAAAGGUGGAGAGCUCAUUCUUGCAACCUUGAGGUCUCCGUUAUAUAUCUCACCUAGCCGCCACCUCUUGUUUGAGUGUGAAAAAAAAAAUCCAUUUUCAUUUGCCCUCUCUUAGGUUUAUAUACCCACACCCAUUUAGGCCUUCUUUCUCCAUCUUUUGCUUGGUCUGAUUGAGUCCAAUCUUUUGGGAGCUAUGUUUAAUUUUUUUUUAUUCCUCAAUUUAUUCUUUCUCAUGUUUAGAGUCUUUGAGCCUUGACAUUCCAUGUUAAUUCUUCUCACUUCAAUAAAUUUGAAAAUUCAUCUCCUUAGAAUAAAAUUUCAAAAUUUUAAAUCCUUAUUUCUGAUAAAUUUAGGCACAUUCUCAAGGUGAUAAACUUUGGAAAAAGGUUAGAAAAUGUUAGUAAUUAAAUCUAUAACUUGUAUGAUGCAAAUAUAGUUGUUUAAAGUCAUUUAUAUAUAUCUCUUGACUUUUGCUCUAAUAUGAUGAGAUAUAAUAAUUUAUGCUUAUUAUGAUUUAUUAAUGUAAAAUCCAAAGAUAAAAUUAAUGAAUUGUUAGUGAUAAAUAAAUAUUUAUCAGAUGCCCCUCAUGCUCAUGGGCUUAAGGAGGAAAACGUCAGCCCGAAUAUCCUUUCAUAAGCCUUUGAGGAAUGUAUUUUCUAAGAUAUUUUCUAGAAGAUCAUCAAGGAUGACCACCUUCAACUCAAUACCCCAUGACUAUGCCCCAUUAUUUUAUGUUGAUAAAGUAUUAGCUAAGAGCUCCAUAGUGAUUGGGCUAAAAUGCUCUAAAAAUUACUAGUGAAAAUCUUCAUAUUUGUAGAAAGACUCAUAAAUGUUCAUUCACUUGAACCACACAAAUACACUCCCUUUGAGAUUGAGACAUGUCAUGGAGAGUUUAUCUCUUGAGGAAAGUUUGCACAUGUUGAUAUAAAGUUUUGCAUAGAACACCCAGCCUUCUAAGUCAUGCUCAUCGAACAAAGGCAUUUUUAGUUUGUGUAUGUGAUGCUAGCAUUCCCUUUGAUUUUGUGGAAAUCAGAAUGCUCGCAUAGGUGGAGAUAUUCUACCUAGUGUUGGGUUUAUCCAAUCGUAAAGUUCACAUCAUUAUUAUUCGCAUGAAUGUGGCUGGUUUCUCUCCAUCCCUAAUAGGAUAGAGAAAGGGCAUAAUUGCUGGUUCGUGGCAUAGCCUCUAGUCUUUGAGAAGGACGGUAUUGUAUGUCAAAACUUUGAGUAAUAUAUUAUAGUUGCUAUUUGAUGGCUGCCAUGCUGAUGUGAUUUGACUUAUCAUUGUCAAGGAGAUACACAACUCUUUUAGGUCUGCAGGAAAGUCUAUGUUGAGUUUUUCCUAUUACUUUUCGACAAGCUUGAUCUAAGUAUCGUUGAUUUUCAGAGGCAUAAUGGUGCUCUAAUAUUAAUUUGAUAGAGUCCCCCUUCUAUGGACUGUGGUUGGUCAGUUGAUGAGAUCCCAUCAAAGGAGUUAAGACAAGAAGGGGAAUUAUCUACAAAAUACAAUAUGUCUAUUGAGUUCAGUCUUGUAAACAUGGACCACGUUGACAAGUACAAAAUAAAACAUAUGAAAAUUGGAAAGAAAAUAAUAAAAAGAUUCUAACAUAGAGAAGCAUGAGAUAAGGGGGAAAGGCACCAGACCUCCCAAAUUUUGGUGCAGCCAAUGUGAGAUGGUUAAUCUACAUCUCUUAUUAGAGUUCACUCAGUUUCUCUUCUUAUGAGGAUGUGACGGGCUUCCUAGUAGCCCAUCAAGGUAUCCAAUAACUUAGGAGGUUGGGGCACUCGAAGUCCUAUGUUAAGGUUAAUUUCCUAUCUUCUCCCAUCCUCUCCUCCUCUCUUACUCUCAUUCUUCCUUCUUGAUAGUACUCUCCUUAUUUCUCUCCCUUUGAUCAUACUUUUGCUCUUAUAAAUCCUCUAUUUUUGACAUCACUAUGUUGGGCACCUUAUAUCUAGUAGUAGAGUUAGGAAUGGCUAUUGUAACACCAAAUGACUUACUCAAGCAACUAGGGUAUGAUGUCACCAUUGUCUGUUAGGAUCUAGGGGGUCUCCACCAAAAUGUAGGUCAAAUUGAAUAGAAUUUAAAGCAUAUGCUUACUCAAGUAUUUUAAUUGUUAUAUCUUCUUGAGCGUCAAUCACCAUCCCCUUAACUAGGAGACUCUUUUUGCCCCCCAAUCAAGGAAUCAACCACAACACAUGUUACACCUCUUAAUCAUACGGAAGUACCCACCUUUGUUGAUGAGGAAUUAACUCAAUGACUAUAUUAACUGAAAUUCUACUUCAUAGUGAACUAAGUUCUAGAAGAGAAGAAAAUUCAAGUAACAAUUAUGAAAAUAAAAAUUGAUGUUCUCAAAUGAUAUAUUUAGAUUAUCGAAAAAUGUCCCUUUAGUGGUUUGUCAGAUUUUUACAUCCAACUAUUGAAUUAUUUUUGACGACCCUUACUCUAACAAUUUCUAUCAUCAAUUAUUCAACCCCAAUAACUUGACACAAUGGUCAAAUUCACUUAGAGUUUGAGGCAAUUACAACAUUUCUAUCAUGACUACCCUUAAUUGUGCUCUAUGGCUUAAAGCUUAAGAUAACAACAAAAAUCAAAAUAUUCAAGGUUAUAGGAAUAAAGGAGAUAAUGAAGUUAAACUAAAUAAUAGAGUGUUGACUCAUACAUCUAUAGUCAGCUUAGGCAAUGAGACUUACUAAAUUCCCUUACGACCAACUUAUACCUCUUAGGUGAGAACAUUGUAUAAUUAACCAACCCCUUAAAUGUCAAGUGGACAGCCACCAACACAUAUACCUACCCCAAGAUCACCCUCCUUUCACUAAUAACAUAAUUGGUGGAUAGAUCAUGGGCAAUAACAAAAGAUUAUUAAAGCUCAUUAAUGUAGAGUUGUUAAAAACCAUAGGGCAAAGAAGCUAGACCAAUCAUGUGAAAAAUUCAUAACAAUGAGAGUGUCACUCAAAAAAAAUUAAAUGAUUUCUCCAUCACAAGUUGAGGUCUAACUUCUAAAAAUCGAGUUGGGCAUCUUUUCUCCUAAUGUGCUUUAGAUGAGAGUUAAUAAUACACACUUGAUAAAUUUCUCUAUUAGUAGGUCAAGGAAAUAUAAAUAAUUUAUUUAUGUUAUAAGUGACUUGUGAAUUAUAUUUUUUUUCAUGAGAUUGAUGUGACUUAGUUGUUGUAUAAUAAAUUAUGAAAAUUAAAUAUUCAUAAAACUAUCAAAUACUAAUUUUUAGAUCUUUAGAAGUAUUUUUGAACAAAUAUAUCAAUUAUAAUUUAAUAAAAGUUUUUAAAAUAGUGAAUAUUUUUUGGUCAAUUACAAAGAUGUAAGAUAAUAUUUGGUAAUGUUUUAGAAUUUUUUUAAAAAAUAUAUAAUAAUUUUAAUAAUUUUUAGACUAAACGAUGAAUAUAGAAUAUAUUUAAAAAUUCACGACAAAGAGAAAUAAGGGUGAGGACUUUAGGAUGACAUCAAUGCUUAAUGAACAUGAAUCAAGUAAAAAUUCACGUAAAAUAUAUAAUAAUUUUAAUAAUUUUUAGACUAAACGAUGAAUAUAGAAUAUAUUUAAAAAUUCACGACAAAGAGAAAUAAGGGUGAGGACUUUAGGAUGACAUCAAUGCUUAAUGAACAUGAAUCAAGUAAAAAUAAAGUUUCAACUAGUGAUUCUUACGUAAACGAUUACAUACGAUUUAAUUAGUCAAAUUAAGAUUUGUAAAAGUUAGAAGAAUCAUAAUUCAAUUAAAAAUAGUUACAAAACUUGAAAUCACAUAAAGUAUCACUAAAUGAAGUAAAAAUUAAGUUAAAAGUAAGAAAGACAGUUUUAACUUCGCGACAGUGAUCACUAAAAUUCUGUGUGUUCGAGAUGAUUAUCAUGCAAUGUUUACAGCCUUGAAAGCUCUUCUUGGACAUAGAUGAUGUGGGCAAUCUCUAGAUCUUUUUGUGAAGUCUAAAAAUCAAUGAAAUGAGUUGUCGAAUCAUCACCGACAACUGUCGUCCCGUGGAGUAAAAAAAAUUAUGACUUUUAGAUCUUCAAUGGCUAUCACCCGAUGGAAAUAAAUUCGAUGGAGGUGGGCGCAUCUUAAGGAGCUUCAUCCUCAAGUCCACAUAACAGGAGAAGACUCUCUAUUGCAUCUAGUACGCUCUUAUGAGGGGGUGACUCAUCUCACGACAUAUCGUCCUCUCCCCAAUGAUAACUUAUUCGUUGAUCAAUCGGAGAUGACUUUCUCAAUGAAUUUAUGAUCCUUUUAUUUAGAAUCAUUAGACAACUUUAUUAAUAAUACUCUAUUAAUCGUGUUAACGAGAUUUUUGUCAAUGAUUGAGUAAUUAUGGUAGCUUAAUCGUUCACUGACAAUCGAUAGAAAAAUUAUGAUUUAAUUAGAUAAGAAUAUAAGUUUUAGCUUUGGUAGGAUUCGAACCCUCAUUGGUCGCCUGCAUGUAUGAUAGAGAGUGAAAUAAAUACACGGAUACUUUUAUAAAGUGAUGUUAUAAGGGUAUCUCAUUCUUAUAAAUGAAGAGUAUUUUAGGUAUUAAAAUAAUUAAAAACCUUUGGGAAGCCUCUCUCAUGUAUAUAUAAUAACAAAAGAUUUUACCAUCAUAAGCUUCUCUCUCGUGUGUGUACGACCACUCUUUGCCCCACAUUCCAUUGGCUACUAGUGAUGUGGAAGGGCAAUGAUGCGCACAUGUCUCCUAUCGGUCCUUAG